CCUGAACCCUUUUCUGCUGUUCCAUAGAUGUGAGCAACAUGCAAGUUUCAGUUCGAGAGACAAAGCUGAAACUUCAAUGACUUCUCACACGAGGUAGAUUCUGCGCGGUUUUGGUUGUGAAAAUUGUUGUUUGGUGGCAGUUGUCACCGUUGAAAGUCAGGAGGCGCGUUGAGCCCAUAAAGAUACCGUAACCCAUGUUCCUCUGUUUGUUCUCCUUUUAUCUCUGUCGAUAUCACCAGUUAAGUUGGGGUUUGAGCUUCUGUUCCAUGAUCCCAUCCAUUUCUAUUUUGUGGACUAAUUUGUUUUGUGGUUCCUUGUUUGGUUGAAUGAAUAAUUUGUGGACUCCUGCCACGAGAGAGUGCACCUUCUCGUCUUUCCAGAAGUUUUGGUAGACGAGCACAAGGAGCCCAAUACUAACAUAACUGUUAGGUCUCAGUUGGUUUACGGGCAGGCCUUUGCUCUGGCUCUGUCUGUCUUUCUUGAGCUCGAGCUCACUUGAAAGGUGCAGUAAGCUUCUGAUAAGGUGAAUGAAGCCAAUUGUACAAGCAACUCAAUUUGCUCGUUAGGCCUAUUUCUAAGAGCAAGCAUAAUGAAGAGAGUCAGAGCUGAGUGAAUACAUCUUUGCUUAUACAGGAGACUCUAUCUUGAAUUUUGAAGAGUUGAGCGACAGAAGUAGAUAUAGUUUUUGCAGUUCCUGAGUGAAUACAUCUUUGCUUAUACAGGAGGCUCUAUCUUGAUUCUUGAAGAGUUGAGCGACAGAAGUAGAUAUAGUUCUUGCUGUUCCAGUUUUAAGAGAAGUAACUAGGAAAUCAGCAACCUCGUUUGGAGGGAAUUGACUGUGAAGAAGUUUUCUCUGUAAAUGAGCUAACUGAGCGAAGGCUUGACAAUUUUACACUGUACUAAGUGUCGGGCUUGUUUUAUUUGAAUAGAAUGAAGUAACAUGCAACUCAUGGUACGACAAAAAUCCUGAGCUUGAGUUAGUUGAUUUGAAAAUAAGGGUAGAAGAAUGAAUUCCAUCUUUGAAUGUGAACUUCUGGCCUGUUUGUUGCAAUCACCCUUUGAUUGGCUUGCUUUUACUACACCAGGUGGUAGCGCAGAUUGUAAAUCCCAUUAUAUGAGCCUGAGUGAGCUUGGAACCAAAUUGAUCCAUGAGCUGCUUGCCUGCUUGGUUCAUUUAUGGUCCUGGCUGCACAUAUUUGGAUUAGUGAUUUUGUAAAAAAUUGAUAGGUUGGUCAAUAAUAGGCAUCAAGAAAAUUAGAAGCUGAUACGGUUCAUGAGAGAUUGUCAUUAUAAAUGCCAGUAGGAAGAAGCAUUACAUGUUGGUGAUGAAAAUCUAUGAAUUAGAAAAGGAAUAUGUUUUUUUCAGGGAGCACAUUUAUAUGCUAAUGGAUGACGUGAGUCCCAGGGACAUGCUAUAAUAGAGUUUACGCCCAGGAAAUGUGGACAUUUGAAUGAUAAAUUCAUGGACCCCAAGGGACAAAUACGGAAGAGUAGCUUCUGCUAAUCAUUUACAGGCUAUGAGUGUCUGAUGUUGAUGGAAGACCCUACAUUACCCCAAACUGUCUUCUGAGGAGGAAUCCAUUUUACUUCACUCGUAUGCUCACUUACUAUUUGGUAAAAUGGUUUAUUAGGGCCUGAUUGUCAUCCUUGAUACACAUGAAGGGAAAAAACAGUUGUUGUAAUAAACAUGAGGGUUGCACUGGUGUCCAGUUAGUAUUUUGACUUGGAAAUGGACGGGCCUACUCGAUCAACAUUUCUUGUUUCCGUUUAAUUCUCUAUUUCUUUUCUUUGUUUAGUUAUUGUAAGAUAAUAUGGCACUUUUUCACAAAAUGGUUUAUUCUGGACAGAUUUUUCACUCAUUCUAAAUGUAAAUCUUAGCCUGAAAAGUUGGAUGAACAACUGAUUCGUUCUGAGAAUUGGUUCCCUUUUAUGACUGUCCUUUCAACUUGAACUGUAUACUUUGCAUUGCUUUAGCAUAUUCAUUUACUUUUUACCAAUAUUAGGGUGCAACUGGUCAUUGCCAGCUAUUGUCACCAGUGAUUUUAGUAUCUGUUUAGCGGUUGUAGUACUGUAUGGUUGGAAAUAUACUAAGGUUCAUGCUGCUCAAAAUUUGUAGUAGAUGGUCCGCACUAUUGUUUUGCUAGGAUUGCCUAAACAUGCAUUUCCUAGUCCCACCUGCUGAUUAUCUCUCAAGAUUGUAGCUUCAUAGCACUAAUAUUUGCUUAUGCUAUUUUUUUAUUGUCUUUCUUGUUCUCUGGGUCUGGUAAAUGCAGGUAAUUAACUGAUUGAGCAUAUUAAAUCAGAAUAAACUGACUGUGAAAACUGUAGAUUGCUGGACUUUUUGAGAAUGGACGUGCCAUCUGAAAGGAGAUGCGUAACAUUUUCUUCAUCAGUUGAAUCUGGUAUUUUAGGACCUCUUCCAUCUAUCAAAGAUCAUACUGGCAAUCAUACAGUACUUCAAAACGACCGUCAUUCAUAUUGUAAUUAUGGUGCCAACUAUCCAAUAUUCACAAGUCAUUCACAGCGUGAUCGCCGUUGGUGGUUAUCAAGAAGAAUAUCAGGUGAUAGUUUUGGUAUGUUAAACUCAUGGCGCAGGAGUACUAAUCCUUUGCCUUAUAAUGCAAUGCCUCUAGUGCAUACUAGAAGCAACUUCAUACCAACGUCUGCAUGCCAUCAAGUGGGUAAUUACAGAUCUUAUAGACCAGAGAGAAUUGAAGCGGUUGACUUGCCUGGUGAUCCACCUAUGUCCAUUACACUGGGGAGCACUUGUGGGUUAUGCCAAGAGCUUCUAACAGAUAGCUCACCACUUUGUCAGGAGCUCUUGACCUCCACCGAUGUUUCAGUUGUUGCAGUUUUAGUUUGUGGCCAUUUCUAUCAUGCAGACUGUUUAGAGGGCAAAACCUCGGAGGCACAUAAACGGGAUCCUCCGUGUCCAGUAUGCUUCUUCAAGAGUACUGAUGCAGUGUGACUGUUUGUUAAUAUCAAUAUCAGAACAUGAUUGUCUUACAAAAUUGCAAGGCUCCUUCAGAAAGGAGAAGAGGGAAUUUUGCCUGGCACUUCUUAUGGAGAAAAUGAAUUCCAAGCCCAUAAUUUAAGAUGCACUCAAGGCACAUGUUCCUACUAAACAGUACAUAUACACUAUCGAUGUUAAUCAGGUUCACUGGAUAUCCAAGAAAUUGCUUAUUUUGUUUGGGUUGACCCAAAUUGCAAAGGAGAGAGAGAGAGAGAGAGUCUCUCUUUAACAAUAUGAAAAUGCCCAUAUAUUUGAAGGGCUUCUGAUAACCUGUGCUCACAAAAUAAAUGAAUCAAAUGCCUUCAUUUUAUAUAUAUAUAUCGGAAUUCAUAUUUUUUUC